GCAAUUUUACCAUUCAACAUUCCACGUAAGAAGUCUUUAAUGCAAUUCUAUAUAGUAGUUCGUUAUGGGACGAAAAUAUACUAUUCAAACAAUAAACGAAACAUAUCAUGAGAGAGAUCGGAAAUUUUGUAUCUGACAGGUGCAUUUUAAUUCGUCUUUUAAAGCUUUGGCAUGAAUACAUGAGAUGCCAAACUGUUUGAAGAGGAGCUUGCCCCUCAGAAGUCAUCGAGCGGACCAUGCACCGGAAUGCACAGACUCCGUCCUAUCCGCUCUCUCAGCAAAUGGAAGGGGCCCAAAGAUCAAAACGACUGUGCACUAUCAUGCAAUAAGUAAUAAUACCAUGCUACUAUACUGUGUAGCUACAGACACGAUGAGUUUCGAAGCAUCCGUGUUUUGUAGGCGAGACCUAGGUGUGGUGAAAACUUUGUCAGGGUAGCUUUUCACCAUCCGCACAAGAAUAAUUGCUUAUCAAUCCUGGAACUUAUUUAGAUAACGACCCUCUCGAUGUCUCUUUGCGACAAUUUCAUGCCAAAAUUUGACAAUAAUCGAGAUAUGCCUAAUAGACCGUCCUUCCAAUUUCGUCCCGCGCGUUCAAAUCAGUCCAGUUGUUCAAAUCAAUGCAAUCGAUAUGAAUCAACUACCAACGACGGCGCGCGACACGACUUGAGCAUGAGAUCUACCGUAGAUACGAACCUCACGAGAGACUCUUCUGUUAGCAAUGAAAUAAUUAUGCAGAGAAAGAUAUCACAAAAGAACAAAUUUUUCAAGCAAUAUGGUAUUGUACCAUACUCUGCAAGCACUGAGAAGAACGAGGAAAACAGUAUGACAUGGCGAAGUCAGCCAAUAAAAAAAGGAACAGCGUGGUUCAAGGGAAUGAGGAAGAGCAGACCCGUUGAUAGCCUUGUUACUCUGAAAGACUCUUCCAUUGGAUUGCUCCGUUCUGGUCGUGAAUCUCCUCGCGGAUACGCAAAGAUGUUCAAUGGGGAUGUUUCGAAAUCAAGUAUAGAACAAUAAAGUGGCUAGCUGAGUCGAAAUCAAACCCGCCCGAGCAGUAAUGAGGAUGCCGCACAUCUGAUUCGUGAUAGUAUAUUCCGAAUCUCGAUAGAAUUGACACUUGCUUUUUUGAUUCCA